ACUCCGGCCUCGGCUCCAGCCCCAGCCCCUGCCCUGGCCCAGGCUCCGGCCCUGUCCCCGUCCCUAGCCUCUGCCCCUGACGAGGCUGAAAGCAGUAAGUGCAGGAGGCCCAGAUCUUUCUGCCGCAAGAGAAGCGAGAAAGUGCGCCUUGCUGGGGAGUAGGGGAGGCCCUUCACUGGGAUGGUUUUUAUGGGGAAAGGCAGGUUUAGGGAUGUGGGGGGAGGAAGGAGGGACCCGUGUAGUGGGUGAAGCGGGUACAGAAUGGGAGAAGGCAUCUCCAAAAACCUCGAGGACAUCAUGGUAGAGGAUUUGUGGAGGCCAGGGGUGCUGCAGAUAGAAGGAAAUGAUGAGGUUGAAGGCUUUUUCGUUAAAGGGGGUCUUUUCUGAUAGGAAAAUAGGAAGUUACACCUAAUUUGGUAGUUUCCCUCUCAGCCCCGUCUGCCAUGGUUCACGAAGUCCUUCGAAAAGUGACAUGGUAACCGAGGCAACCUGUUUACUGUAGUAGAUCCCAGCUGCCAAAUUUAGAAACCAUUGCUGUCAAGUAGCUUUUAUGCUUGACACGCACAAAUAGAUGAGUUUUUAUUAUUUAAUUUUCUUCAGCACCUUGCUUCCAAAAAGAAUUUGAGGCUGAUAAGUAGUUUAAGAAAGGGUCGACUAAAUUACAGAUGUCUUCCCUCAGACAUAAAUGCCAGAUGAGUUUUGUACUCCAGUUCCAUCAGACGUCGACUGUUGAAAAUUAUUAGCCCAUUAUUACUGUGCUUCUGUAUGUGCGAGCAUGUUUUGUAAGUGGUGAUUUAGGGGACCGUAAGGAGUAACACUCGAUCUUAUGAAUGUUUUAAAUGUAAAGUCUAAGGGUUUUGUUUUGUUUUGUUUUGUGGGCCAUAAAUUGACCCUUAAUGCUCUAUCUGAAUUAUAACAAAAUGAUUUAAGUUAAUUCAUUUUCUUUCCUACCUCUAGGCCAGUUGUGAAUUUAAUAUUUAUAAAACACUUGGAUAGUUAUAGUUUAAUAGAGUUGUGCAAUUUUAAAGCCAUAUAUAAAUUGUUAUAGUAGAUUAAAUAAAGAGUAGAGCUGAUCACAGCAAAGACAAAGACAGCGUGCCUCUGGUAGGCCCCUCCUCCUCAUACUAAAUCAGAACUGGAAGGAGUUGCUUCUUCACCCACAACUACAGCUGGGGGUUGGGGGUGGUACAUUCUCCUGAGUAAGUAGCCUCCCUUCCUCCCCUCCAGGUUGGAUUUGUUUAUAUUAAUCAGAAUUGGUUCAGCAGCUUUAGGGAAUGCAUGCUUCUUCAACUCCCCACCAGCAACAAUAUUUUAAACAUAGUUUGGGAAGAUAUAUAUUCUAGAAUUUACAAGUAUGUCAUUUGAGGAAUGUAUGAUGUUUGAGAAACCUGAAAAUGGAUUACAGGGACAAAUAUAUAAUGAUUUAGAAAUCUGAAAUGCAUUGGAAAUACAUAUUAAUCUCACUUUAAAAAUUAUUUUUAUACGGUCUAGUUAGUCCUUUGAAAUCAGUCUUAAGUAGGCAGGAUGAAGAUGACACAUCUGAAAUAGAAUUGAAAAAUGAGGAAAAAGUAACAAGUUGUAAAAGAACCUCCUAGCGUUUUGGAUUCAUCUGUUUAACAGGAGGUUUGCCUAUUGACUUCUGGAUUAUUAGUGUAUUAGAAAAAGUUUGAGUGAUUUAACUACAGAUUGUCUGAUAUCUACUAUUUUGAACCAGAAAGUAAUUUUAGGCAUAUCAUGAAUCUUUAGACAGAUCUUUGAGAGUUCUCUCUCAUAGUGGACCACAGAAUUUUCAUUGUUCUCUUCUAACUUAUCAGGUCCUUUUCUCUUAUUUUAUACUACUUAGAAAGAUUUCAGAAAGCAUAUCUUUACAUAGUACUGUAUAUCUUGUUUCACAUACACAGAUAUUUGAACUUUGGAAGCCAAAAGCCUUUAUGACUACAAAUGAAAUGGAUUGGUUUAUACACAUGGAUUCAUUGACUGAAUCUUACUGUCUCAUCUAACAAAAGAUUUUGCUCAAAUGGGAAAAAAAUUUUGCCUAUUUAUAGAAAUUUUCUCUUCAUAAAGUCACUUGAACAGUACCUAGUGUAAUAAGUUAACCACUAACAUAUGUUGCUCUUUUUCUCUUUUAAAAAUGAAGUAAAAAUUUGUCUUUUAAUAAAUUUGAGUAGGAAUAUCUGAUGGUGCUGAAUUGAAUUCCAAAAUUACUGACUUUAGUAUGCUACUUCAUCUAAAAUUGACUAAUGAUUUUUAAAAAAAUAUUUAACAAACUGUAGUGCCUGCUGUGUGCAAGAUAUUGUAUUAGGCACAUAGCCAUUACAAAACUGAGUAAGGCAUAGCCCCUGCCUUCUUACUGAUUAUUUGUGGAGGAGACAAAUAAGGGCACAAAUUAUACUGAAUAGUCCAUACAAAAAAAAGUAAAGUAAAGAUGUGUGAGUGAAGCUUGGAGAGGAAUAGGCAGGAAGGUAGCAAUGACAAGAACAGAAUUUAAAAGGCUUAAGGUUCUAAAUUGUAUAACCUAAUUGUAUAAUGACUACUAGCGAGUCCUACGGUUUGCCGUUUUCUGUCUAGUUAGGGAUUUUUCCUGUCAAUUUUCAUCUCCUAGUCUUGUAUUUGUAUUUUCAAGCUCCCACUUAGUAAAUAUUACUUUCCUUGGAGAUAUGUAUAUUCAAGUCUCUCUAUCCUUAAAAAAAAAAAAAAAAAGAAAAGAAAAAGCAAACUACAGUCCCAUCUAUCUCCUUUUUUAUACUGCCACCUUUUUUGAAAGAAAUAAUCUAUAUGAUUUUCUAUAUUUUGUGUUUUUUUUCUAAUUCCAUUGUAUUCCAGAACACCUCACUGAACCUUUUUUGUAAAGGUCACUGGAGACCUGCUAAUACUAAAUCCAGUGGUCUUUUAUUGAUCUAUGCAACUAUUUGUGAUACUUAGUGUUGAACAUUUGUCUUUUACAUUCUCUUUUCUCUUGGCUUCUAUCUUAUCUUGAUUCUCCUUAUCAUUUAUUCUUUUUGAAUCUACCCUCCUGAUUGUUUUUCCUUAGUGUCUCUUAUGUUACCUGCAUCUCUCCAUACCUCAUUUCCAAAUUGCAUCUAUUUAUACUAAUCAGCAGAGGGUUCACAGCAGCUUUGGGUAAUAAUCUUGGGUAAGAUUUAUUCAUAUAUUCCAAAGUUUACAAGUAUGACAUUUGAAGAAUGUAUGUUUGAGAAACCUAAAAAUGUGUUACUGGGGCUGGACUUUGCCCUUUUUCUUCUCUUUUUUCACAAUGUUUUUUUCCUUGGGCUUUCUUAAGCUCCUAGUUUCACCUUACGCGUAUUUAUGAUUUAUAUCCCUCUUGAGCUCCAAAAACAGUUCAACUGCAUAAACUAAACUUGAAUAUGAAUACUGGUAUUAUCUCAAACACACUGUGUCAAAAACUAAAUUCCCUUUUCUCCUUUCCUUUUCUACCCAAAAUAUUUUCCUCUUCCUUCAUUGGUUAAUGGUACCAUUAUUUUCAACUAUAUGAACUUGAAAUCUUUUUAGAAUCAUUCUUGAACUUACUUUUCAUUCACAGUUAUUUCUCAAAUCCAAAGUUCUCUGGUUUUUUUUUUUUUAACCAUCUAUUCUGUACCUUUCCAUUGCUAAUUUCUCACUUCAGUUACUGUCUUAGGUUCUACACCCAGAGAUAACCUCCUUAAAUGCAUUCAGAUCAUAUCAUUCACUUCCUCAAAAUCAUGCAGACUUCACAAUUACCUGAAGAUGAAAGUCCAGCCUAGCUUUCAUAGAAUUUAUGUCUUCCAUCAUCUUUAUACAUUUUUGACUGCUUGUUCUCCUACCAACCCCAUUCUCCAAACAUACUACAUUCAAGCCAGGGGCGGGAUAGAGGUAGCUGUAUUUUUUUUCUUUUUUUUCACAUCCUGUGCCUUUGUCGAUGAGGUUACUUCAGUUUAUAAGGGCAGCCACCAAAUCUCUGCUUAUUGAAAUUCUAUUCAUACCUUACAUCUCAGUCAAAUGCCACUUCUUCAGUGAAGACAUUCCCAGAGGCAGUCAUUGGAAUUAAUUCCCCCUUCCUAUGUAUGCCCACAUCAUAGUACCUUUACCUCAGUAUUCAUUUCAUUCUGCCUUGUGUUAUAGUUGGUUAACAUAUUAAUAUCACUUCCACCUGGUUGAAAUUUUCUUUAUAAAGAUAGGGGAGAUGGCUUAUGUUUCUUCAUUUUGUUCAGAGUAAAAACAUUUUUUGUAGAAUUAUAUUGAAUAAUUAAAGUUUAAAGGUGUAAAGUUACACAGUGGCAUUUUUUUACCCAACUUUUUGCAAUCUGAGGCACGCUUGUCAUAAGCUGAGUUGCAGCAGUAUUCCCCAUCUAGGCACCAGGACGCCAUGCUACAGGAAAUACAAGUGUCGGAGUCUGUUGACGUGAUCAAAUAACUGGAAUUCAGAUUGUUAAAACAUAAUCUUCUAACUCUUAAAAUUUCCUUUCAGAGAGACACAUCUCAAUUCAAAGGCAGCUUGCUGAUCUAGAGAAGUUAGCUUUCGUAACUGAAGGGGAUUUUGACUCUGCCAGUUCGUUGAACUCAGAUAAUCUUGAUGCAGGAAACAAACAGUCUUGUCCAUUGUGCCCUAAGGAAAAAUUCAGAGCUUGUAAUAGCCAUAAGCUUCGUCGUCACCUUCAAAAUUUACACUGGAAAGUCUCGGUUGAAUUUGAAGAUAUCCAGUAAAAUGGGCGCCCAUUAUCAUUGUAUCAUUUGUUCAGCAACAAUCACUAGAAGGACCGAUAUGCUGGGACAUGUUAGGCGACAUGUGAAUAAAGGAGAGACGAAAUCCAGGUAUAUUGCUGCUUCUGCUGCUAAACCACCUAAUGAAAUUUUGAAAGAGGCAGACACAGAUGUACAAGUUUGUCCUAACUAUUCUAUACCUCAAAAAACAGAUUCCUAUUUUAAUCCCAAAAUGAAACUAAAUCGACAGCUAAUAUUUUGUACAUUGGCUGCUUUGGCCAAGGAACGAAAACCUUUGGAAUGUCUAGAUGCCUUUGGAGCCACUGGGAUAAUGGGAUUACAAUGGGCAAAACAUCUUGGAAAUGCAGUUAAGGUUACAAUUAAUGACUUGAAUGAGAACUCUGUGACACUGAUUCAGGAAAAUUGCCAUUUAAACAAGUUGAAAGUGGUGGUAGACAGUAAGGAAAAGGAAGAGAGUGAUGAUAUUCUUGAAGAAGGAGAAGAAAAUCUUGGUAACAUUAAGGUGACCAAAAUGGAUGCCAAUGUACUAAUGCAUUUGAGAUCCUUUGAUUUCAUACACCUAGACCCUUUUGGAACAUCGGUGAACUAUCUAGAUUCUGCAUUCAGAAAUAUAAGAAACCUUGGCAUAGUGUCUGUGACUUCUACAGAUAUCAGUUCUUUAUAUGCCAAGGCACAACAUGUUGCCCGGCGUCACUAUGGCUGUAAUAUUGUCCGAACUGAGUAUUACAAGGAACUAGCAGCCAGAAUUGUUGUAGCUGCAGUGGCAAGAGCUGCAGCCCGAUGUAACAAAGGCAUUGAAGUACUGUUUGCAGUGGCUUUAGAACAUUUUGUGUUGGUUGUUGUGCGAGUUUUGAGGGGGCCUACUUCUGCAGAUGAAACAGCCAAGAAGAUUCAGUACCUGAUCCAUUGUCAGUGGUGUGAAGAGAGAAUUUUUCAGAAGGAUGGUAAUAUGGUAGAAGAAAACCCAUAUAGACAGCUGCCCUGUAACUGUCAUGGAAGCAUGCCUGGAAAGACAGCAAUAGAACUUGGACCUCUAUGGUCAAGUUCCCUUUUCAAUACUGGAUUCCUCAAAAGAAUGCUAUUUGAAUCUCUUCACCAUGGUUUAGAUGACAUUCAGACCCUAAUAAAGACAUUAAUCUUUGAAUCAGAGUGUACUCCUCAAAGUCAGUUUUCAGUUCCUACGCCUUCAAAUCUCAAGCAAGAAGAAUGUGGUGUGUUUAUUAAAACUACAGAUGAUACCACACCAGAUAACUACAUUGCACAAGGAAAAAGAAAAGGUAAUGAAACAGUCACAACUUUAGCCAAAAGGCAAAAGACUGAUGUCAGUACUGAACAUCCUCCCUUUUAUUACAACAUCCACAGACACAGCAUUAAAGGAAUGAAUAUGCCAAAGUUGAAAAAGUUUUUGUGCUAUCUUUCUCAAGCAGGCUUUCGAGUGAGCCGAACUCAUUUUGACCCAAUGGGUGUUCGUACAGAUGCACCUCUGAUGCAAUUUAAAUCGAUCCUUUUAAAGUACAGCACCCCUACAUACACGGGAGGACAGUCGGAGGGCCACGUCCAGCCAGCAUCCGAGGAUACAGUGGCUGACAGGGUUGAAAUGUCAAUGAACGACAAAGCAGAAGCAAGCAGUUGCAGAAGAUGGUAAAUGUAGCCAAGAGUUACUCCAGAUGUCUGUCUAGAUGGCCUGGUAGUUCUCUAUACCAACUGUAGUUCUUUUUCUAUUCUUUUAAUUCAGUGGUGUAAAAAUAAAAAAAACAGUGUUUUCAUUCAGAAAAUUAGCAGUUUCUAACUUAGCUAGUUUGGGAGCUGUGCUUUCCAGUUUUUUCUUAUUGUAAAGAAAACUUAAAAUUUUAAUGAAAACAUUUCAUAUGAAGCCACGUUUAUGACUGAGAUCACCCUACCAUUUAGUAACUCAGAAAACUUUCACUUGCAAAGUGUUUGGAAUUUUAUGUAUGUUAUGGAACCAUCCUUUACUGUUCUUAAUCACAUGUCUACUUAAACUGAUUCUGUUUAAGCACACAAAAUGAAGCCAAAAGCCUUUUACGUAUUACCCUAAAUAGAACAAUGCCCUUUCAUGUCACUAACAUUAUUUCACAAUUACAGAGCUAAAAUGUGUUCCCAAUUUUCAGAAAUCAUACUUCUUUCCACAUUGAUCUUUUAAUUUAUUACUAGCUUUUGAGAGUUUAAAUACUUGUCUGAGAUAGAAAUAAGUUUUUCUUUUAAGUUUAAGGUCAGGUGACUGAAGUCAGAGUAAGAGUUUGUCAAAGUAAAUUGAGACCAUUGUUCUAAUAGUUGUUCAUAAGCACCGAAAUUCUGGAGAGUUUUUGCUGUAAAUUAAAUUGGGUGAUCUCAAGUGCCUCAGUUAAUGCACGUACAAUAUUCAUUUGCUUGUUUGUGCUACCUCUCAGAAGUAAAACUUGCCACCUUAUGAACUUACGAAGUAAGGAUUUUUGGGGGGGUGGUGGGAGACAGAUUUGCUUUGUUUUUGGGUGUGUGUAUGUGCUCAUUUUUUUGUAUAAGUAGCCCAGGCUAACAUGACUAUGAAAAUUAGUAGAAGCUCCAUUAAUAAAUUUUGUUCUUGCUUCAUUUGAA